AGCUACUCUUCGUUGGUUCGUGAAGUAAACAAACAAAAGAAUUCGCAGGGGUUUGUCCCUCGAAAAGCAUUGUGGAGUGCAUUGAAAAUACUUUGUAAUGAGUCUUCAAAUGGCUGGAAUUAGUGACAGUUCACAGGAGGCAUCGAACACUGCUUCACCAAAAAUUUUUAUGAAAGCUGAAGUCCCUGAAUUGCCAAGUCCUGGUAUUUUUGUCAAUAACCCUUUAAUGAAGUCUGGCCAAAUAUCGACCGAGCAAUCACAGAAACGUAGAAGCUCAUCUCGUUCUAUCAAACGUAAAAAAUUUGAUGAUGAACUGGUUGAAAGCAGCUUGAUCAAAACAAGUCGUGCGAGGCCACAGAAUGUGCCAUUUACUUUGCUAUCACAAGCUGUAUCCUUGUCGACUCCUACUUUGGCAACCCCUACUCAUAUUCUUCCAAGCACUAGUCAGUUACAUGUUGAUGUUCCUGAAAAAAAGAAGCAAACUCGACCCCCUCAGAAGAGAAUCAAAAAACCAAAAAACAAUCAAACUCAUUUAACUAAAGAUGUUAGCAGAUGGAAACCAACUGAUGAUCUUAAUCUCAUUCUGUCUGUCCAACAGACAAAUGAUUUGGAAACAGUGUUCAAAGGAGUGAAAUUUUCCUCUAAUUUUACUCUUAAAGAAGUUCAGCAGAGAUGGUAUUCUCUUUUAUAUGAUGUUUCUGUUUCAAAGACUGCCUUGUUUGCCAUAAAGCAACUUAACCCUGAAGUGAUUUCUCAAAUUCAAGCCAAAGUGUUAUUUAGUGCUGAAGAAGAAAAAUUAAUUGCUUCUGUUCCAUCAACAACCCUUGCAAAUCUUGAAGUUUUCCAAAGUUUACUUGAUUUGAAUGUAGCAGUUUUCUUACCGUCUAGAACUGCAAAAGUCCUAUUUGCUCAUUGGACUCUAAUGAAACAAUACAAUCUCCUACAUGAUCAAACUGUGCACCAGCCAUUACCUGUGGAGAGUCAUUUAAAUUUUUCUGAUGCAGAAGAUUUUCUGGAAGAUUCUGAUGUGCAGGAAACAAAGAACUCAGUGCUGGAAGAAGAGCUUUCUCAUGCUAGACAGAGGAGUUUGGCGGAAAUUAAACAACUUGAGAAUGAGAUCCCAAAAAUGCAAACUCUUGUUGAGUGUGUAACUGGUGUAAGCAUACCUGAAUUUGACAAAAAAACUCUUGCAGUGUUAACUGGAAGAAUUGUCAGAUAUCUUAUUCAAUCAGCAGAGGUAACUUUGGGUCGUUCUGCGAAAGACAACAAAGUUGAUAUAGAUUUUUCACAAGAAGGGCCUGCAUGGAAAAUUUCUCGUAGGCAAGGGAUCAUAAAAAUGGAGGAUAAUGGAGACUUUUUCAUUAUAAAUGAAGGGAAGAAGGCUAUUUUUGUUGAUGGCAAGCCAGUAUUAAGUGGAAACAAAUGCAAAAUUAAUAAUAAUUCAGUCAUAGAAAUAACAAUUCUGCGGUUCAUUUUUAUUGUGAAUCAUGAAGCAAUAGCUCCACUUAAAGCAAAGAACAAUUGCUGAUAUAUGUGUGCCUUAAUAUCUUUCUUCACAGCAUUUGAUAAACAGUAUUUGUAUAAAGCUUGUAAAUAAAUAU